AUGGACCGUAUGGAUAUUUAUCAUAAGUUCUUCUCUGUCGCAAGACGAGGCGUGCUCUAUUCUGCCCCGAUUACGCCCAACCAUAACGAAGGGCCGCGAAUACUAGAUAUAGGAACAGGAACAGGAAUUUGGGCAAUCGACAUCGGCGAUAAAUUAAACAGCACAUAUCAAAAAGUAGAAAUUCAAGGGAUGGACCUGUCAUAUAUGCAGCCGCGAGAGAUCCCCGCGAAUCUGUCAUUUAAAAAACGAGACCUUGAAUCGCCUUGGCACGACCUAGGUCUGGAUCAUUGGGAUCUGAUACAUAUGCGGCUACUCAAUGGCAGCGUCGGAAAUUGGCCAGAUCUGUAUUCUAAGGUUUAUAGGCAUCUCAGGCCGGGCUACGGCUGGCUCGAACACAUUGAAAUAGACAUGACUCCUCUUUGCGAUGACGGGACGCUUCCGCCGACCUCCAAUCUGGUGCAAUGGACCCAGCAAAUAAUGAGCGCCACACAAGACCACUCCCGACCCUUGGCAUAUAACACGCAAACACGUUCGAUGUUGGAACAUCAAGGCUUUGUGGAGAUCCAAGAACAAGUCAUCAAGGUGCCUUUCAACCCUUGGCCCACCGAUACGCAUUUAAAGGAUAUUGGACGGUGGUACAAUCUCGGCCUGACUCAAGGGUUGGAAGCCCUCACAUUGGGGCCCAUGACAACAGUGCGAAACUGGAAGAAAUCCGACGUAGAUAAGUUAAUCCAAGAUGCGAAGAAAGAGAUUUGUUCCAAGCAUAUCCAUGCCUAUUGCAACAUGUAA